AAUCUGUCAGUCGUUGAGGACGUGGCGUGGCGAAAACCCCGGAGAGAGGAGCACAAAGAGAGGCAGCCUGUGCAAACUCGCUGACACGACAGCGGCUCUGUUCUUCCACGUGGACCCUGUCAUUGACCAAAACACUCCGGUCUCCGUGACAGCCGUGGAGCGCGCCUGCCACCGCCGUUGCGCAGUGCAGACUGGGAGGCGCGACCAGGGCGGUGCGGGGCAGAGGUGUUCUCCAGAUGUGAACCUUAAAAAAAUUUAAAGCUUUUUACUGUCCACACAUCAACUAUGCAGACAGGUGUGUUCACGGAUUCUCACCUGGGGAGGUCGGUCCCAUGUGUCCUGUACCUGUUUAUACACUUGUGCCAGGCUGCACCAGGUCUACCUGGGACACAAAGGGAGGAAUCAGUUGAUGUCCGCCCCGCUGUAGUAGCGCUAGCCAAUCCCUUCGGCACCGGAGAAGAGGACCGCAGAUUGCUGCAAAGUUACAUCCAAUCCAGUCUGAAGGAUGGCCAAGGAGGACCAGAAAUUAGCACCUGGGAGCAAGAGGUGUUCUUCCUGUUUCGUCUUUAUGAUUACGAUCGCAGUGGGCUCCUGGAUGGCUUGGAGAUGAUGAAGCUACUUUCAGACUAUAACUCCCAUCAUACACCUGGAGCACAGGCCAAUGAGCCGGUGGUGUCUAUGGUAGAUUUUUUACUCCAGACUCAGGAUCUAAACCAGGAUGGCCUUUUGGCCCCAUCCGAGCUGCUGUCUCCUUCAUUACCUCACACACAGGACUCCAGCAACAACAAUGCACCUCACCAGAAGCAGGAGGUGGCAGCUGAGGAAAAGCUGUCAAAUCCAAGCACUGACGAGGGCAAGGCAGGAGCAGCAGAGCACAGAGAGGAGGGUCAUGAGAAGGUGCAGCCUCAUGAUGAAGAGCAACCUCAACAGGAAGUAAAGACAGAAGAAGAAGAGGUCAUAAAUCAAGUAGACGAACAGCAUGGACAACAAAUCCCAGAAGCCCCAGCAGCAGAACAGGGACAGGACCACAAAGUGCCUGUUCAUCAGGGGCAACCAGAGAUGUGAAUGCACACACACACACACACACACACACACACACAGGUCCACAUAAUAAUUUCUAAAUAAUGAUCAAGUUAAAAAAAAUACCACUAAUGAUCUUUCUCUUGAUUACAUUUCUGAAAUUCUACUAUCCAUUUAAUUUGACUGAUAAACACAUAGAUGGCUGAGUAAUGAUGAAGAUGAAUGUAUUGAAAGUAUUUCUCUCGCUAUAUUUGAAAACCUUUUCUACAACCAGCUGGUUUUAGUUAUGUUAUGCAAAGAUUCCAAGAGCUGUUAAAGGGACAAAAGCCCUGAAUUCAAAACGCAAUAUUAUUCAUAUUAGUAAAACGGAAGCCAUCCUUAAUAGGGAUUGAAUAUUUUUUUCUGUUCCCAGCAAAUUGUAUACAAAAGUUGUUAAUCUAAUUUUAAAUCAUUUGAAAGGUGUAACAUUUGUAUUUUAUUUGCUUUAAUGUAUUGCACAUUCCUUAUGUAUUUGUGUUUUCAUGUACACACUGAUUGGCCUUAUUGUGUCUGACCCACUCUAGGAUUAGGAUUUCCACCUAGUACUUAUGCAUCAGGACUGUUAUGUAGUUAUGUCCUUUACAGACAGCAUUCAUUUAGCCAUGAAAUUACAUUUGGUCUUCCUUGAGUAUUUCCUCAGCAUUCUGAAUGACUUAAUUAAUUUACUAAAUAAAAUAAGGUUAAUCAGAAAAAAACACAUUUAUUAUUAUGCAGUAUUGACUAAGUCUUUAUUUAUUUUGAUGUACUUGUAUUCGAUCCAAUAAUCACUAAAUUUUGAUGAGGAUUUUGUUGUGCCUGAAUGAGGUACCAUGAAUCACUUAUUCCACCAGUCUUUAGGCUACAGGCCAAAACAUUUUCAUCUUCAAAAUUAAUUACUUUAAGGAAGGCCCCAUUGAAAUAAUAUUAGAUGUAAUGUAAUACUGAAUCCAGGUAUUAUCUGCAAACUUGAAAUGUGUUUACAGUAUGAAAGGGUUUUGUUGUAAUUUUUUUGUUUACCUUCUUCAACCAUUUAUACAGCUGGAGAAAAUAAAACAAACAUGUCUUGUC